ACUUCACAUUCUUGAGGUUUUUUUCAGCAUCAAAGUUUCUUACUGAAAAAAAUAGAAGCCUCAGUGUUUUCCUUGCCAUCAUGCCAGGGAUUCCAUUGAUCUCCCAUAGUGACGCUCUUACUUAUGGCUUUGAGGAGCUGGCCAGGAAUGGUAAUGUUGUGCAGGCUGAGCUCCUCGAGCAGAUCUUGGUGCAGAAUGCAGAUGCUGACUAUCUCAAGGAGCACAAGCUGAAUGGCUGCACUGAUCUGGAGACUUUUAAAGCGCGUCUCCCGCUUAUCACCUAUGCAGACAUCGAAGGCUACAUUCAAAAGAUUGCCGAUGGCGAUCAGUCGCCGGUUCUCUGCCAAAAGCCAGUUGAUAUGUUCUUCCUGAGCUCUGGGACUGCCAAGGGACGAACAAAGCUCAUCCCAGCGCACUAUGACUUCUUUCUCAACACCAUUCGAUUGUUCCAACUCUCUGGAGCGUUUCGAGGAAGGCACUUCCCACUGAGCUCGAAUGCCAAAGUCAUGGACAUUGUCUACUGUGGCAAACAAACAAUGACCAAAGGAGGAAUUCUCACGGGAACCGGAACCACAAACUAUUUCCGCAGCGAAGCCUUCAAGCUCAAGCAGCAGUCCACAAAGAUGUUCAAUUCUAGCCCAAACGAGGUGAUCUUCUCCUCCAGCCUUCCCCAAGCAACGUACUGCCACCUGCUCUUCGCCCUCCUCGCCGCGGACGACAUAGCCGUAAUCUCCUCCACCUUCGUCUACACAAUCGUCGAGGCCUUUCGCUUCCUGGAAAAGACCUGGUCAAUCUUGGCCGAUUGCAUCGAGUCUGGAACACUCCCCGAAUGGAUCACAGACCAUGCAAUCCAAACCGUGGCCUCGAAGCAGCUCACCCAAGAUCAUCCCGACCGCGAUCGAGGAACUCUAGCAGCCAAGAUCCGAUUGGAAUGCAGCCGUGGCUUCCAGGGAAUCAUCCCGAGGCUGUGGAGGAACACGAGCUACGUCCUGUCAAUCAUGACCGGAACAAUGUUGUCCUACUGCGAGGCGAUGCGGUUCUACGCAGGGCCGGGCCUGGCGCUGGUUUGCGGUGACUAUGGCGCUUCCGAGAGCUGGAUGGGAAUCAACAUAGAUCCUCUCUCGUCCCCGCACAACACCAUCUUCACCAUCGUCCCGGAUCUUGCCUACUUUGAGUUCAUUCCUCUGGAGCGGCGCAAGUUUUCUAAGAUCCAGGAGAUCAAUGGUCCCGUGGUGCCGCCGAGCUCGCUUUUCACGGAGGUGGCAGCGCCAGUGAGCAUGGCAGACGUCCGUGUGGGUCAAGAAUACGAGAUCGCCAUCACAACUUCGUCCGGGCUGUACAGGUACCGCGUGGGCGACGUUGUACGCAUCUGUGGGUUUUACCACGACCUGCCGCAGUUCGUGUUCGUCUGCCGCCGGGACGUGCAGCUCAGCAUCCACAUCGACAAAAACGGCGAGACCGAGCUGGCCGUGGUGAUGGAGCGGUCCGCCGCGGUACUACACGGCACAGGCGUCGGGGUGGCAGAGUAUACCGCCCAUGCUGACGUGUCGUUCCGCCCGGGACACUACGUUGUGUUUGUGGAGCUGGACGUGGACGUGGACGUGGACGUGGACUUGGACGUGCCACACGUGAGAAAAGGAAACCAGGGAUCUUCAAAGGUGGCACAAGAAAAGCGUGACGAUUUUGAGAGGGUAUUGCAGGAGUGUUGUGAUUGCAUGGAUGGCGCAUUUGUGGAGCCCGGUUAUGUUGUGUCCCGUGCGGCCAAGACGAUUGGACCCCUGGAGCUUUGCGUAGUGGAGAGGGGAACUUUUCGCAAGUUGGCAGAGAGUGCUCUGGACAAAGGUGCAACGCUGAAUCAGUAUAAGACCCCACGUUGCAUUGCCGCGCCACACUUGCUAGCCAUUCUCCGUGCAGGGAUGGUCCGGAGCUUCUAUUCGGGAGUGAGGAGAGAGUAAGUAGGGUAGUAAAUUCCCCCCUUCACUGGGCCCAAAAACAUGCUGAGUCUCAUUACUUUCCAUGUUUUAUUUGUGUUCGGAGAGAUUUGAAGAUUAAAUU